AUUAGCCUUUAGUUUUCAGCUUGAGUUUUCCUUAGUAAUUUUGGGGGCCCAACAUAUUUUCCUUCCACGUAGCUCACAUAUUAAAAUGACAAUAUUUUAAACAUAUUGGGUUACAUUAUUACAAUCAAUUCCACGUAUUUCAUGUUUCUUUUUAAAGUUUGGCUACUAGAAAAUUAAAAAUUCACAUGUGGCUCACAUUUUAUUUCAGAGGACUGCCUCCUUUUUAAAAUGUUAGGCUGGGCCUGCUCAAAGGACCAGAAGCCAGGAAGGUGAUAAAAGCUAAAAUUUCAAAGUAAUUGUUAUUAUAUUAUUUUCAUCUGUGACUAGCCAUAUAGUAUAUUAUUUAUAAAUGCCUAUGACCUUAUACACAAGGUUCAAUGCAAACACCCUCUAGGGUGGGCCUGGCUCAGCUCAGAGGAAAGCCUGCCUGAAAACGCUAUAGCUAGGCUGUUACUCUUCAUUCAGCCCAGCAAUUGAUCACACCUUCUGUCACUCAGGGCCUGAGUGGGUGGGUCUUAAACAGCAUCCAAUCAGGGACGCUGGGCUGGGGACAAUCCAAUCAGGCACGCAGCUGGAGCGGACAGGACGGCUUCCGCAAUAUGGCGGGGCGUUUGGCUGUGGCUGUCUCCAGAGCUCCAGGUCUCGUCUUCAUUUCUGUGUCUUUUGUUCCUAGAGGCCCAGCUUGUGUGACCCUGUGACCUGCAGAUAUUGGGCGAUCCAGAGCUAAGACUCCAGGACCCCCUGGCAGUCUAGAAAUGGGACCAUUGACAUUUACAGAUGUGGCCAUAGAAUUCUCUCUAGAGGAGUGGCAGUGCCUGGACACAGCACAACAGAACUUAUAUAGAAAUGUGAUGUUAGAGAACUACAGAAACCUGGUCUUCCUGGGUAUUACUGUCUCUAAGCCAGACCUAAUCACCUGUCUAGAGAAAGAAAAAGAACCCUGGAAUAUGAAGCGACAUGAAAUGGUGGAUGAACCCCCAGUUAUAUGUUCUCAUUUUGCUGAAGACUUUUGUCCAGAGCAAGACAUAAAAGAUUCUUUCAAAAAAGUGACACUGAGGAGAUAUGAUAAAUGUGGACCUGAGAACUUACAAUUAAGAAAAGGCUAUAAAACUGUAGGUGAUUGUAAACUAUACAAAGGAGAUUAUAAUGGACUUAACCAAUGUUUGACACCUACCCAGAGCAAAAUGUAUCACUGUGAUAUAUAUGUAAAAGUAUUUUAUGCAUUUUCAAAUUCAGAUAGAUAUAAGACAAGACUUACUGGAAAGAAACCUUUCCAAUGUAAAAAAUGCGACAAAUCAUUUUGCAUGCUUUCACAACUAACUCAACAUAAGAUAAUUCACAUUAGAGAGAAUACGUACAGAUGUAAAGAAUCUGGCAAUGCCUUUAAUCAGUCCUCAACCCUUACUAACCAUAAGAGAAUUUAUGUUGGUGAGAAACACUACAAAUGUGAAGAAUGUGGCAAAGCAUUUAACCACUACUCAACCCUUACUAACCAUAAGAGAGUUCAUACUGGAGAGAAACCGUACAAAUGUAAAGAAUGUGGCAAAGCCUUUAGCAGGUACUCAACCCUUACUACCCAUAAGAGAAUUCAUUCCGGAGAGAAGCCCUACAAAUGUGAUGAAUGUGGCAAAACCUUUAGCAUAUCCUCAACCUUUACUAAACAUAAGAUAAUUCAUACUGAAGAGAAACCCUACACAUGUAAAGAAUGUGGCAAAGCCUUUAACCGGUCCUCAACCCUUACUAGCCAUAAGAGAAUACAUACUGGUGAGAAACCCUACAAAUGUGAAGAAUGUGGCAAAGCCUUUAACUGGUCUUCAACUCUUACUAAACAUAAGGCAAUUCAUACUGGAGAGAAGCCCUACAAAUGUGAAGAAUGUGGCAAAGCUUUUAAUCAGUCCUCAAGACUUACUCGACAUAAACAAAUUCAUACUGGAGAGAAACCCUACAAAUUUGAAGAAUGUGGCAGAGUUUUUACCUGUUCCUCAACACUUACUCAAGACAAGAAAAUUCAUACUGGAGAGAAACCCUACAACUGUGAAGAAUGUGGCAAAGUUUUUACCUGUUCCUCUACACUUACUAGACAUAAGAGAAUUCAUACUGAAGAGAGACCCUAUAAGUGUAAUGAAUGUGGCAAAGCUUUUAACCGGUCCUCACACCUUACUAGCCAUAGGAGAAUUCAUACUGGAGAGAAACCCUAUAAAUGUGAAGAAUGUGGCAAAGCCUUUAAGCAGUCCUCAAACCUUAACAGUCAUAAAAAAAUUCAUACUGGAGAGAAACCCUACAAAUGUGAAGAAUGUGGCAAAGCUUUUAUCCUGUCCUCAAGACUUAAUCAACAUAAGAAAAUUCAUACCGGAGAGAAACCUUACAAAUGUGAAGAAUGUGGCAAAGCUUUUAACCGGUCCUCAAGACUUACUCAACAUAAGAAAAUUCAUACAGGAGAGAAACCCUACAAAUGUCAACAAUGUGACAAAGCUUUCACCCACUCCUCAAACCUUAGCAGUCAUGAAAAUUCAUACUGGAGAGAAACCCUACAAAUGCGAAGAAUGUGGCAAAUCUUUUAAUCGAUCCUCAAGACUUACUCAACAUAAGAAAAUUCAUACUAGAGAGAAGCCUUACAAAUGUGAAGAAUGUGCCAAAGCUUUUACCCGGUCUUCAAGACUUACCCAA